AUGAACAAACUCGCCGCUCUCGACGCCGCUGUUACAGAGUCGCCUUUCAUCAGUGCGCUCGACCUCCAGCGAAAGACAGUCGGAGGCGCACGUAGAGCUUCCUCCUCCGAGCGUCGCUCCAAGGCAUACGAGUCGGCCAUCGUCAACCUGUCGGCAAGCCUGCCUCUCCCCGCAGCAUGGUACCAGCAACACCACUGGCGCAUCUACUACGACGAGCAAUUGCAAAAGCACAGACAGUUUGGUGACGAGUACAUCUACGCCUUCACCUGGGAAGACGCCAGAGUUGAUGCACGUCUCCUCAAAAUCACAUCCGAAGAUGUCAUCCUUGCCAUCACCAGUGCAGGCGACAACAUCCUUGCCUAUGCCCUCGAGCAACCCAAGCGUAUCCACGCCGUCGAUCUCAACCCAAACCAAAACCACCUUCUCGAACUCAAGGUCGCUGCUUUCACCGCCCUCGGCUAUACAGAUGUAUGGAAGUUGUUUGGUCAAGGCAAGCACGACGAAUUCCGUUCCCUCCUCAUCAAUCAUCUAAGUCCCCAUCUCUCAUCCCAAGCCUUCGACUACUGGCUCCACAAGGGCGAAACCACCUUUGGCACCAAGAGCCGCGGUCUCUACUACACAGGCGGCUCCCGCCACGCACUACAACUAGUCCAAUGGCUAGGCCGCCUCCUCGGCAUCCGCGCCGACCUCGAAAACAUGUGCAAAGCCGCCACCCUCAACGAACAACGCGAGAUCUGGAGCAAACGCGUACGCAGAGUCCUCCUCUCCCAGUUCCUCAACUACACCGUCAUCGGCACCGAAAAGUUUCUCUGGAAAGCGUUGGGUGUACCUGCCAACCAACGUGCAAUGAUUGACUCUGACUAUCUUCGUCAAACCGAUCGCGCAGACGCAAAAACACUAACGGGUGUCAAGUCCGGACAAGCGAUUUGGGAGUAUGCGGUUAACACUCUGGAUCCUGUCGUCAACAAUACUCUGGUGUCGGAGGAAAACCCAUACUAUUUGAUUUGUCUGCAGGGACAGUACACCCAGCGCUGUCACCCAGAGUACCUGGCGCCCCGAGCACACGUCAAACUCUCCAAACCCGCCGCCUUUGACGGUCUACGCAUCCACACCGACGAACUGUGUGAAGUCAUGGCACGCAUGGCGCCCGAAACUCUCACCAUUGCCGUUUUAAUGGACAGUAUGGAUUGGUUCGACCCCAAAGGCCCUGAAGCAGACCACCAAGUCAAGAUUGUCAACCGCGCCCUCAAGUUUGGGGGUAGAGUGUUGUUGAGAUCUGCAGGUCUGAGGCCUUGGUAUGUGGAUACGUUUGAGAGCAGAGGGUUUGUUGCCAAGAGGGUUGGUGCGAGGAUUCCUCCCGGCUCUUGCAUCGAUAGGUAUGUUUCGCGUUUCCUGUGCUUGUGA